AAACCAGGAUUUGUGAUUGCCAAGGUGUGGCCAGAUGGAGGAGAAGGAGGAAAAGCCCCAGAGAUCCCACAGGAGGAGGGACUGCAAACCCAAGCCAGGAAGCUGUGAGGAGGAAAGACCCUCCCUGUGCAGGGAAAGCAGCCGGAGAUCGAGGCAGAGCUCAGAGCUGGAGGAGAAGCCCCACAAGUGCUUGGAGUGUGGGAAGAGCUUCAGGUACAGCUCCCAGCUGAUCCGGCACCAAAUGAUCCACACAGGGGAGAGGCCCUUCGAGUGUGGGGAAUGUGGGAAGAGCUUCAGCCAGAGCUCGAACCUGAUACAGCACCAGAGGAUCCACACAGGGGAAAAGCCCUAUGAGUGUGGGGAAUGUGGGCAGAGCUUCAGCCGUAGCUCCAACCUGAUACGGCACCAGCAGAUCCACACAGGGGAAAAGCCCUUUGAGUGUGGGGAAUGUGGGAAGCGCUUCAGACAUCGCAGCAACCUGAUCCAGCACCAGCAGAUCCACACCGGGCAACGUCCCUAUGAGUGUGGGGAAUGUGGGAAGAGCUACAAGUGGAAGUCUGACUUCAACAAGCACCAGAAGUUCCACGCUGGAGAGCAGAUCUAUGAGUGUCUUAAGUGUGGGAAGAGGUUUCAGACCA